GCUCAGUCCCGUCGUGCACGGAAGCUGCUCGUGUGCACGCGCAUUUAUAAUCAUCAUUAUCACUGCAGACGGCGAAUCAAGGGAACUCGAACAUGAACACAAAAAUGGUGCCGGUGCUCUCGCUACGGAGGAGACGACAUCUUCUAUCCGCCUGAGAGCUCUCCUUCGCGGGACGCCUCGCCGACGUCGCCCCGUUCUCGUGUUUCGAACCCACCCUGGCAGUCCAUGGCUUUGACGUUGAGAAGAUGGAGGCUUCUGUUGGUGCUCAACGUGCUCGCGGUGGCCGGAAUCAUGACGCUGUGGAGCCGCUGCACGCGCACAGCUCCGGCACUCCGGGCCGUCGCUCCUCCGGGGGUUCCGGUCGUUGCAGCGGACGCCGACGCCGAGCGCGGCAGGCCAAACCGGGCCAACGGAACCGCCGCUGUUAGCCACCAAGUGUUGCUCAACAGGCUCAGCUCGCUGGAGGACGUCGUUUACCGGCAAUUGAACGGAUUGUCCAAAUCUCUGGGCCUUGUGGAGGGCUUCGGGGGCCGGGGGGCUGGCGGCCUUCCUGCCACGUUGUCCCCGGGUGAGGAGAGUGAUGCCAAAUACCUGAGGGAGAAAUAUGGCUACAAUGCUUACCUUAGCGACACCAUCUCUCUGGACCGGAACAUCCCUGACCAUAGACCCAGCGGGUGCCGAGAUGUCGUCCACCCCCGGGAUCUUCCCCAGAUGGCGCUGGUCUUCAUCUUCGUCAAUGAGGCCCUGUCUGUCAUCCUACGCUCGGUUCACUCUGCCGUCAAUCACACGCCAGCUCACCUACUCAAGGAAAUCAUCCUGGUGGACGAUCACAGCGAUGACGAGCAGCUGAAAGGACCGCUGGAGAACUACUUGAAGAAGCGCUACCCCGGACUCGUCAAGAUUGUCCGAAACCAGAAGCGAGAAGGUCUGAUACGGGCCCGGAUCGAGGGCUGGAAGGCUGCCACCGCCGAGGUGACGGGAUUUUUUGACGCCCACGUGGAGUUUACGCCCUUCUGGGCCGAGCCAGUCCUGACCCGAAUCAAGGAGGACCGCCGCCGGAUCAUCCUUCCGUCCAUCGACAACAUCAAGCACGACACCUUUGAGGUGGAGCGUUACGAGAACUCAGGCCAUGGAUACAAUUGGGAGCUGUGGUGCAUGUACAUAAGCCCGCCCAAGCGCUGGUGGGACGAAGGUGAUGUGACGGCGCCCAUCAGGAGUCCCGCCAUGAUCGGAUGUUCCUUCGUUGCCGAUCGGGUCUUUUUUGGCGAGUUGGGCCUUCUGGACCCUGGCAUGGACGUCUACGGGGGCGAGAACAUCGAACUUGGCAUAAGGGUGUGGACGUGCGGUGGCAGCAUGGAGGUGUUGCCGUGCUCCCGCGUGGCUCACAUCGCCCGCGUGAAGAAGCCCUACCACAGCAACAUCGCCUUCCACAUGCGCCGCAACGCCCUGCGGGUGGCCGAGGUUUGGAUGGACCGCUUCAAGUCCAACGUCUACCUUGCCUGGAACAUCCCCAUGGAGAAUCACGGCAUUGACUUUGGAGACGUCUCGGAGAGGACGGAGCUCAGGAAAAGUUUGCAGUGUAAAAACUUCCAGUGGUACCUGGACAACGUUUACCCCGAGAUGAGGACGUAUGACAAUACGCUCUACUACGGCGAGAUUCGCAACUCCAAAGUGAGCCACCUUUGUUUAGACCAGGGUAUGAAGGAAAACCACACGGUCACCUUGCACCCCUGCCAUGGAUGGGGUCCUCAGUUGGGACGUUACACCAAAGAAGGCCAUCUGUUCCUGGGGCCUCUGGGCAGCACCGGAGCGGACACUCGCUGCGUGGCGGAUGAUCCUGACUCGGCGUUACCGCAACUCCUGGACUGUGACGCAGACAAUGACCAACUAGCCGUCAAGUGGAUUUUCACUCAGGGCGAUUCCCUGGUCAACUCAGCGACGGGUCGCUGUCUGGAGGUGGUGCCGGCCAACGUGUACUUCGGCCACCAGGUGGUAAUGCAGACAUGCUCCGGUCAGCGGUGGACCAUUAAAAACACGGUAACCCUGGCGUAACAGUCAAGGCGGUGCUCACCCGCCUGUGCCUUUCACCCAAGCGGGGCCAACUGUGAAAAUCCCGAACCUGGAGGACCUUUGUGAAGCACGGGUAUAGUAAAAGUCUACAUACCCCUGUUUUUGUGAUUUUACAAAAAAAAUACAUUGAACUUGUUGACUGCCAUUGACUGGGAUAGAUGUCCAAUCCAUUUGAAGUGGGAAGGCUUGCGGAGUUUUUUUCACUAUUUUGGAGAAAAACGUAUUAAGAUGAACGAUUGUAUUAUGAUGUCAAAUGCUGUCAUUUCUUGUGCCAAUCAAGACUGUCUUCCAAUAAACAGAGUGCUUCUUGAAGCCACUUGAA